GUCAGCUGACCCUGCACUCGCUGCUCAGUCAGUCCAUCAAGAGGAACGCCAAGGAGCAGAAAGGCACUCUGGGUAAAAGGACGGGUCCGGAUCUGCAGUCAUGUGACCUGAACGGCGAUGAAGGCAUCCAGGUGUCUGAGGAGGCGCAGGUGGGCGGGGCCAAAGUGCGUCUGCUGGCCAAUCAGCUGCAGGCGAAACUUGAUCAGCAUUCUACUUCCUGCUGGAGUCCAGCUUCUUCUUCUUCUUCUUCUUCUUCUUCUUCUUCUUCUUCUGCUUCUUCUCCUGCGGCGGCGUCACGUUUACAGGAGGAGGAGGAGCCUGCAGAUGGUCCCCCUGAUGCAGCUCCGCCUCAGGCCUCAUGGAGACCGAGGAAGAGGACCCCUCAACAAGAACAGAUGAGUUUUAGGUUCAGAGAGAAAAUCAAGUCUCAGCAGCAG